UGCCCCAAAAUGAAGUUUAACAGCAGCCAAUCAGCUUGGGGUUCGGGAGGGAGCCAGAAACCCUCUCUCACACUGUCACUGAAAAAAUUCUUUUCGAGCUGAACUCGUUUCUUUUCACCCUUUCUUUCCGUCACCAUGCUUCGCUCAACCGCAUCUCGCUUGUUGGCUAACGUCCGAGUCGCCCCUAAGGCCUUUGCUCCUGCCCGUGCUUUCUCUACCACUGCUCCUAGCUUCUUCGCUUCUGCCACCGAUGCUUCUGAGAAAGUCAAGAUCACCCUCCCAGAGUCUUCUUUCGAGGUUUACAACCUUGAGAAGCCUUCUUUGGAACUAGAGUUCUCCAAGGAAGCGCUGGUCGAUAUGUACACAAAGAUGGUCACCAUGCGCAGAAUGGAGAUGGCUGCUGAUGCCCUUUACAAGGCCAAGCAAAUCCGUGGUUUCUGCCACUUGUGCACUGGACAGGAAGCUGUCUCUGUCGGUAUGGAAUCUGCUAUCAACUCUAGCGAUCAAAUCAUCACUGCCUACAGAUGCCACGGUUUCACCUACGUCCGUGGUGGAUCCAUCAAGAGCAUCAUUGGUGAACUUUUGGGUCGUGAAUGCGGUAUCUCCAAGGGAAAGGGUGGCUCUAUGCACAUGUUCUCCCCCGCUUUCUAUGGUGGUAACGGUAUUGUCGGUGCUCAAGUCCCUCUUGGUGCCGGUAUUGCUUUCACCCAAAAGUACUUGGACAUCCCUGCCGUCACUUUCUCUUUGUACGGUGAUGGUGCUUCCAACCAAGGUCAAGUCUUCGAGGCUUACAACAUGGCCAAGCUUUGGGAUCUUCCCUGCGUCUUUGUUUGCGAGAACAACAAGUAUGGUAUGGGUACCUCUGCUGCCAGAUCUUCUGCUUCUACCCAAUACUAUACCCGCGCUGGUUACAUUCCUGGUAUUCAGGUCAACGGAAUGGAUGUCUUUGCUGUUCACCAAGCCUGCAAGUUUGCCAAGGAAUGGACCACUUCUGGCAAGGGUCCUCUUGUCAUGGAAUUGAACACCUACCGUUAUGGUGGUCACUCCAUGUCUGACCCCGGUACCACUUACCGUACCCGUGAGGAAAUUCAACACAUGCGUUCCACCUCCGAUCCCAUCACCGGUCUCAAGCAACACCUUCUUGACAACAGCGUCGCCUCUGAAGCUGAGCUCAAGGCCAUCGAUAAGGAAGCCCGCAAGAUCGUUGAUGAGGCUGUCAAGGAAGCUCAAGCUUCCCCCGAGCCUGACUUGAAGGAGUUCUGGACCGACAUCUACCAACCCGGUUCUGAGCCCGUGAUGGUUCGUGGCCGUGAACCUGGCGAAUCCCACUGGUACUAAAUCAAACACUUGGGAUAUCGUUGAUAUUCGUUUGAUGUAGAAAAAAAUCCUUCAAAAGAAAAAAAAAAAAUCUAAACAGAUACAACCAAAAUCUUUCACGCUCAGUAACUAUUUGUGGUUCUGUUCUAUCCACUUUCUACUCUCUCCCUUAUCAUUUUUUACGCCAUGCU